UACAAACAUAAGCGUAUCAGUUUUGCCCUUUCAACAUGGCUUCUAAAGAGCCCCUGUUCCCCCGAUCCCCUGACAUACCAUCUUACAGCCAGAUUGCCUGCAUUGGCACUGGACUUUCAGCAGUGGCUCUGGGCGCGACCCUGAAGCGAUGGUACGAUUUCGACGAUAUCCGUUUCUUUGAUAGACAUCCCGUGAGCGGGGGAACAUGGUACAUCAAUUCCUACCCUGGAUGCGGCUGCGACGUGCCCAGCGCUCUGUACAGUUACUCCUUCGAGUUGAACGCCAACUGGACCAAGAUGCUGCCUUCCAAUCAAGAAAUCAAGCAAUAUCAUGACUCUGUUCUGGGCAAGUAUCACCUCCGUGAGAAGAUGACGCUCUCCACCGAAGUCACCCAAUGCGUGUGGAGAGACGAUGCGGCUCGAUGGCUUCUCUACUUACGGGACGUCAAGACCGGCCAUGAAUUCACCCACGAAUGCCAGAUCUUGUUCGCUGCCAGCGGCCAACUGGUGAAGCCUCGUCGCUGCGAGAUUCCUGGAUCAGAGGAGUUCCGUGGUGCCCUCUUCCACUCCGCCCGAUGGGACCAUAGUGUUAGCUUGGAUGGGAAGAAGGUGAUUGUCAUUGGGAACGGCUGCACAGCGGCUCAGAUUGUGCCCGCCAUCGCUGGCAAAGUGGGGUCACUGACGCAAAUCGUUCGAUCUAAACAUUGGGUCUCUCCGACGCAUAAUUUCGCGUAUCCACCCCUCCUGCAAUGGAUCUUCCGUUACAUCCCGUUCACUAUGAGGUUGCAUCGCCUGCACAUCUUUCUCGCGGCGGAAAGCGACUACUUUCUCUUCCCUAUGACCAAAACAGCAGCCCGACUGCGAGCGCAGCGCAGGACAAAACUGGAGAAGUACAUGCGGGACACUGCCCCGGCUAAGUAUCAUGACCUGCUAAUUCCAGACUUUGAUGUCGGCUGCAAGCGGCGCAUUAUCGACUGCGGUUAUCUCGAUUCUCUACACAACGACAAGAUAACGUUAACCAAUGCCCAAAUCGACAAGAUCAUCCCCGAAGGUAUCCAGACAAAGCAGGGAAAUAUAAUUCCUGCAGAUGUGAUUGUGCUUGCCACUGGCUUUGAGACCAACACCUUUGCCCCGUACAUGAACAUCGUCGGUCGCAACGGGGUGAGUCUGAUCGAGCACUGGGCCCAGUAUGGCGGUCCGUCCGCGUACAAUUGCUCCGUCAUGAGCGGGUUUCCGAAUUUCUUUCUGUUGCUUGGACCGAAUGCGGCCACGGGCCAUACGUCGGCCUUGAUGGCUGCGGAGAACUCUAUCAACUAUGCUCUUCGCAUCCUGAAACCUGUCUUGAGCGGCUCUGCCUCGACCGUGGAAAUCAAGCAGGAAGCCGAAAGAGGCUAUGUGUACUGGGUGCAGGAGGCGCUGCGAAGGCGGGUGUGGAAUGCUGGCUGUAUUUCGUGGUACCUUAACGAAUCCAAAUGGAACUCAAUGUCUUAUCCUUGGACGCAGGCCCAUUUCUGGUGGCGCAGCCUGUUCCCCACGUGGUCGGAUUGGCACAUCAAAGUAAGGCGGCCUUUAACUCUAUGGGGCUUUUAUAUUUACUGA